CAUCAUUCUAACAAUAAUGGAUCCCAUGAUUUCAACCCAUUCAGAUUCUGCAAAAACAGAUAACUACCUAAACUCCCAUUCGAAAGCGGACAUUUUCGUGGAGAAACAAAUUUUCACACAAUUCAAAACUUCCAAUGGAAAAACACUUGCCCAACUAUCCCAACACCACAAUUGCUUACUAAUCUUCCGCAGAUUCUUACGAUUUGGUGGAUGUGCCUUUUGUAAUCGACGACUUUAUCAAAUUGCAAAAAUUUACAAAUCACUUUUACAAUUGAAUAUCAUUCCGGUGGUGAUUCAUGUGGAGAGUGAUGAAGAAGUGAAGGAGAUUUUGGAGGAGCAUCAUAAUUCGAAUCCAAUCUUGAAGGAAAUGAUAAGGUUGUGUGAUAAGGAGCACUUGUUGGCAAAGCAUUUCGGAGUGGAGUUUAAACAUCCGGAUGUUCCGCAAGUUUUACCAAAAUUGGCAGUGAUUGAGAAGGAUGAAGGAUUUGGGCAAGUGUUGGGAUUGCCAUUGGAACAGUUUGAAGGGGAGAGUUUCCUAGUGGUCCCAAAGAUGUUCCUCAUUAGAGAUUCAACUGUUAUUCAGAGUUUUAAUCAUGGUUUAUUUGGUGAUGCUCCAGAUGUCAUUUCUUCAAUGAUUUUUGACUUUUCGGAUUUGUUAACUGUGGAAAGUGAUAGUUCUAGUAGUUCUUCAUCAAGUAAUUUAUUGGAUGAUUUGGGAAAUGCUGGAAAAAGUCCACAAAUGUGCAAGUUGACCAAAAAGAAAAAGAAGGCAAGUUUUGAAAUGCUUUCGAAUGAAAUGUACAAACGUCUGGAAGCUCAGAAUACUCGUAAAGCUAAAAAGCAAGUUGAAAAAAUGAUGAAACCAAAGACCACAUUGACAUUUAUCUGUUUCAUUCAGAAAACCACAACCGAUUCUGAACGAAAUUCUAAAUUGGAUUUUUCACUCAGUGUACACGACGUCCUACAAGACGAAACUAAGAGAAAGUAUUUCAAGGUCUAUGCCUUUAAAGAACUGAACGCAGAAAACAUUACCUUCUAUGAAACAGUGCAUCAAUUCAAACAAUCCAAAGAUUCUCUAGAUGUCAAAUUUCAAUUUGCCAAAAAAGUAUUUGCUGACUAUCUCUCUAACAUUGACAAUCCAAAUUUCAUCAAUACAAAUGAUGCUAAGAGAGUGGAGAUUAAGAAGGCACUCGAAUCGAAUCCAAAUUCUGAAAAUAUUUCGUCUAUAUUUGAUGAAGUUUUGAAUGAAGUCAUGUCAACUGUAAUUCCUGAUAUUUAUAUGAGAUUUAAGGUUUCAAAGGAAUUUGAACAAAUGUUUGUGUAAUUUACCAUCAAAUAAACUGUAAAUAUUUGUAAA